CUGUUUUGGGAAGGACUGUUACUUGUGAGAGAACAAGCAGAUAUCUGUAAUGAUAUUCCCACAUAUAUAUUCCUUGCCGCUCCCAUACUAGAAACAUGCGCCGAGUUACACUCAUGUAAGGUCACAUGAUCUUCCCUUCCUCUCAUAGGGAGAGUUGUGUGUUGUUACAAAUAUAACAGCGACUCUCUAAGGUAGGCGGUACGGGGCGACAUGUAGCAAGGGUUUCGGUUUAGUGAUGCCUCAGCUGUCAACCUCGCAAAGGCCUAUGUUCGCGUUUGGGGAGGGUGAUGUUCGGCUACGGCGGAAGCAAGCAGGGCUUUCCUACAUUCCCGAAGGUGGCGGGGGUGAAAGCAGAAGCACAGGCUCGUUUGGGCCUUCUUCACGCUUAGCCUUGUACCUGAAAACAAGUGCUCUUGCCCUACUUUGCAUCUACAUAAGUGUACCAUUCAUCAUUCGACUUUUCCCUGCUUUGCUGGCCAAGGUAGUUUAUUUAAAUAUAUUAAAAGUUCCAUUUUCUGUGGAUCUCAGCAACCCAAAAGUAAUACUGAACCACACUACAAACUUCUACCUCACAACUGAAGAUGGAAUUACUGUUGGUGUUUGGCAUACUCUUCCAGCCAGCAGGUGGGAAGAGGCAAAGUACAAAGACCAGGUCUGGUAUGAAGAGGCACUAUCAGAUGUUAAUCCAGUAAUCAUUUAUCUCCAUGGAAAUGGGGGAACAAGGGCAGUGGAUCACCGAGUGCAACUGGUAAAGGUCCUAAGUGCAGCUGGAUUCCAUGUAUUGUCCCUUGACUACAGAGGAUAUGCUGAUUCUACUGGAGAACCCACUGAGGAAGGAAUAACCAUGGAUUCAGUAUAUUUGUAUGAAUGGGUAAAAGCUCGCUCCAGAGGAACACCAGUAUGUAUCUGGGGACAUUCUCUAGGUACUGGUGUUGCUACAAAUGCAGCCAGAAAGUUACAGGAAAAGGGAAGUGCAGUUGAUGUUGUCAUAUUGGAAUCACCAUACACCAACAUCCGUGAAGCUGGUGCUUAUCAUCCCUUUGGGAGAAUCUACCACAGCUUCCCUGGAUUUGAAUACUUCUUCCUAGACACAUUUGCUCUGAACAAUAUAGUGUUUCCCAACGAUGAAAAUGUGAAGUUGCUAAAUGCACCAAUUUUAAUUCUACACGCAGAAGAUGAUGCUGUUGUCCCGUCUUUCAUGGCCAAAAAGCUUCAUGACAUUGCCUUAAAAUCACAGAAUUCCAGAGGUGUCAAGCUGGUUUUAUUCCGAGCAGAUCUGGAUUAUGAACACGAGAAUAUUUACAAAGAUCCCAAACUACCAGAAAUUAUAUGGGAUUUCCUGAAUGACAUAUGAAUGCACAGCUGGACUGAAGUCUUUGCAAAUGUAUUGUUUAUGUCACUAAUAAAAUAUUGUUCUUUU